CAAGUGAUUGACAGCUGAGAUGCUCCGCCCUCGAGGCGCCUGACGUGAAUCGCAACCCCUGCCCAUUUCCAGCUCCGUAGAUCUCCAUUUUCUUACUCUUUAUUCAGGAACAGAGGCGUAAAGACUUGGAAAAAUGAAUGAAGAAUACGACGUUAUCGUCCUGGGCACCGGGCUUACGGAAUGCAUUUUAUCAGGCAUCAUGUCAGUGAAGGGGAAGAAGGUUCUUCACAUGGACCGCAAUUCCUACUACGGCGGGGAUAGUGCAUCCAUCACACCUCUUGAAGACCUCUACAAGUGCUUUAAUCUUCCGGGCAGCCCUCCUGCAUCAAUGGGAAAAGGUCGAGACUGGAAUGUGGACCUCAUCCCUAAAUUCCUAAUGGCCAAUGGUCAGCUGGUCCGUAUGCUGCUAAUUACACAGGUGACUCGCUACCUGGAUUUCAAAGUGAUUGAGGGCAGCUAUGUGUACAAGGCAGGCAAAAUAUAUAAAGUCCCCUCUACUGAGGCUGAGGCUCUGGCAUCUAGUCUGAUGGGAUUGUUUGAGAAACGGCGCUUCAGAAAGUUCCUGGGCUACGUUGCCAACUUUGACGAAAAUGACCCCAAAACCAUGGAAGGUGUCGACCCCAAGGGGACAACAAUGAGGGCCAUUUUCCAAAAGUUUAACCUUGGCCAGGAAGUGAUAGACUUUACUGGCCACUCCCUUGCCCUCUACCGCACAGACGAUUACCUGGAUCAGCCUUGCAUUGAAACAAUUAACAGGAUAAAGCUUUACAGUGAGUCUCUGGCCAGAUAUGGCAAGAGCCCCUACCUCUACCCUCUGUACGGUCUGGGAGAACUACCACAAGGCUUUGCCAGGCUGAGUGCGAUCUACGGUGGGACAUAUAUGUUGAAUAAGCCCAUUGAGGAGAUUGUGAUUGAGAAUGGGAAGGUGGUGGGAGUCAAGUCUGAGGGAGAGAUCGCCAGGUGCAAGCAGCUUAUCUGUGACCCCAGCUAUGUUAUGGAUCGUACUACCAAAGUGGGUCAGGUGAUCAGAGUCAUCUGCAUCUUAAGUCACCCCAUCGCCAACACUGGCGACAUCAACUCUUGCCAGAUCAUCAUACCCCAGAAUCAGGUCAACAGGAAGCAUGACAUCUACGUUUGUAUGAUCUCUUUUGCUCACAACGUGGCAGCACAGGGUAAAUAUAUCGCCAUUGCCAGCACCACAGUUGAGACAAAUAACCCUGAGAAAGAGAUCAAGCCAGCCCUGGACCUACUGGAGCCCAUCGAGCAGAAGUUUGUCAGCAUUAGCAACCAGUAUGCUCCCACUGACAUGGGCACUGAGAGCCAGAUUUUCAUCUCCCGUUCCUAUGAUGCCACAACUCACUUUGAGACCACCUGCAAUGACAUCCAGGACAUCUACCGGAGGAUGACAGGCUCUGACUUUGAUUUUGCCGAGAUGGAGCGCAGGAAGCAGGACAUCUUCGGUGACAACGCAGAGUAGAUGCGAAGAGUCUGCAACAAUCCUGAUUAUCCAAGACAAUGCUGCCGACAACUGAAAUCUUACAAAAUUAGAAAACCUACACAAAAAUGUACACACCAAUGGGCCGGCAUAUGUUUAAAGUAUGUGGUUUACCUAAUGAGGAAGAUAAUGAACUACAGAGAUGAGAUUGUUGGAUAUGGUUUGGGGAGGGAGGAAUGCUUUUCCUAAUCACAUUCAAAUGGAUGUUUCACUGGUUAUGUCUAAUAUACAGUCAUACCCUACAUUAAUCUGCUUCAUCAUGUUAAGAUGAUGCAUAGUCCAAAGAUGCCAAAUAAAAUUAUAAUUAAUAUUCAGUAUCUUACAGAGUGGGGGGGGUCAUUGUACAAAAGGUUUGUCAGAGAUAGCGGUCUACUUGUGUUAUUUUGUCUGCAGGUUUGUUUUUUUUUCUUCAUGUCAGGAUGAGGGAGAAGUGGCUGUGUAUUGUGUGUCUGAAUAAAAUCGAGUAGUUGGGUGUUCUUCACAUUCAGGCCCAUCGAUUGCAAACAUCUGUGUGAAAUGUCACCCCAGAUAUCGGCUCAGAUUUUUGUAAAAUAAAGUGGUUCAUAGCUUUGUGGUAUCAUCUCCAGCACAGCCAGAUCGUAUACUUUAAGACAAGCCACAGGGUAACUGUACUCCAGCAUAAACUAGCUUGAGUUUAUAUAAAACUCCAGCAGGGAAGUAUUAGUUAUUGUAUUAUGCAAAACAAUGGAAAACCUGAGCAUUAACAGCAGAUUGAUGGAAAGUAUUUGUCUGUGAUUGCUUAAGAAGGACCAAAUGUGUACUGCAGUAAUAUUGAUUUGAUGAGAGCCCUGUAACAUUUAAUGUUUUGAACAACUGCUAAAAAACAUGUUGGGCUCAAAUGAUUUCUGUACUGCAAGUUAAAAAAAGAAAAAGAA